GUUAAAAAAAGAGUCGUAGGGGUAUCGGAUAAAUUGCCAUUUCGUAUACCUACCUUAUUUCAUGCGUUUGCGUGGGCAGAAAAUGGCUAAUUUGAGUCCUGUCAUUUCGAAUGGCACUCACGUUACGGCUCGCGAAAGUCGGUCUAUUUUCACUGAAAAUUACAAUCAUACGAUGUGGACUUUGAGAGUGCAACAUUUUAUUCUAAUGCUUUACUUUUAGCAAUGUUAGAACAGGACUUCCGAUGAUAAUGGUAACAGUCGGUUGGGAGGAACAAGAGAGAGAAAUCUGGGUACAGGUGUUGCUCCUUGUGACGACAAAAUUGAUUACAUUAAUGUUAUAGUUAUUAAAUCAAGAAGGGUCACAUGGGCAAUCAGGCAGGAGGCAGCUUAUGGUAAUUAUAAUCCAUUUGCCUCCGCAUAGAAAAAUAAUUAUUAAAAUUUUAUAUUAGUUAUUGUGACGGUGCUUUUGUAAAUAGCAAUAGCAAAACUAAUAGAAUUUCAGCCAUUGGAUCGAUGAUUAAGUGGCUUGGGUGCUUAUUUCGUAAUAUGGGGGAAAAAAAAAUAAGAAUUUGAAGAAAAAAAAAGUAUCAUUAAAACUGUUGAUUAUAGUUUAAAGGUAAUCCAUGAAAAGUUAUGCAAACUUAAAGUUGAGAAAAGGGAAAGAUUAUCCCAUUCUCACUUGAAUGGCAACGUGCAGGUAACAUGCCCUUGCUGAGAAAGACAGCAAGAAAAGAAUAUGAAGCCAACAAAUCAUGCAAGAAUACGACAACCGAUCCAAUGAUACAUCACUAUUUCUUCUUACCAGGAUCAUUUACUUAUAAAUCUCAUCUUCUUUUCCUGUUAAUCCACCAAGCUCAAACUCAAAAACAUGGAGGAGAAAAAACCAUCCAGAGUCUCAGAUGUUGGAGCUUGGGCUAUGAACAUUAUCAGUUCCAUUGGAAUCAUCAUGGCCAACAAACAACUCAUGUCCCCCACUGGUUUUGAUUUUGCGUUUGCAACGACAUUGACGGGUCUACACUUCUCUGUGACGGCCUUGGUUGGCUUUGUUUCAAAUGCUGCUGGUUAUUCUGCUUCUAAGCAAAUUCCCUUGUGGGAACUUGUUUGGUUCUCAAUUGUAGCCAAUGUUUCAAUCACAGGGAUGAACUUGAGCCUCAUGCUCAACUCUGUUGGAUUUUAUCAGAUCUCCAAGUUGAGUAUGAUUCCUGUUGUUUGUGUAAUGGAAUGGUUUCUUCAUGGCAAACACUACUCCAAGGAAGUGAAGACGGCUGUCAUGGUAGUGGUUGCGGGUGUCGGUGUCUGCACUGUUACUGAUGUCAAUGUCAAUGCCAAAGGAUUUCUCAGUGCUUGUGUUGCUGUCUUGUCUUCAUCUUUACAGCAAAUUUCAAUUGGAUCCUUACAGAAGAAGUAUUCAGUAGGCUCUUUUGAACUGCUAAGCAAGACAGCUCCAAUACAAGCUCUCUCCCUUCUACUCACAGGUCCCUUCAUUGAUUACUACCUCAGUGGUAAACUCAUAUCAAAUUAUGCAUUAUCUUCAGGCGGAUUUUUUUUCAUACUAGUGUCCUGCUCCUUGGCUGUAUUCUGCAAUGUGAGCCAAUAUCUCUGCAUCGGACGUUUCUCUGCAGUAUCUUUCCAGGUUUUAGGGCACAUGAAAACUGUGUGUGUCCUUAUAUUGGGGUGGAUUCUGUUUGAUUCAGAAAUGACACUGAAAAAUAUAAUUGGGAUGGCUCUUGCUGUCGCUGGAAUGGUGGUUUAUAGCUGGGCAGUGGAAGCUGAGAAGCAAACAAGAGCCAAGUUCAUUCCUGCCUUGAAAGGCGAUGUCUCAGAAGAGACUAUGAAAUUUCUGACACUGGAGAAGGAGGAGACGCCAUUGAUUAAGGAUGCUGAGCUUGGGCAGUCUAAAGUAUAAAAGUUAACAGUGCAUUCAGUGGCUACAAAGAAUUAAAUUAAUUACAGUUUAUUCAAUAUUCUUUAUAAUCUCUUUAGUUUUCCCCCAUUUUUGGUCAUGUAUUAAAUUUUGUGUUAGAUGUUCGGAGAUCAUACAUGUUUAGAAGGAAGUGGUGUGGUGGGUUUGCCCUCCUUUCAUUGUUGUUAAUGGUAUUAUAUGUAUGUACAAAUUCAAAAAAUAAAUAAAUUUAAGAGUUAAUGAAAAAAACUUUUUUAUUUUAUUGUA